CUGAAUGUUAUAUGAUCCUACCACUUAUAAAGGAAUAAAAGGUGGCACAUAAUUUAAUGAAACUGAAUUUUUUGAAUCUUUAGCAAACAAAGCACCUAAAAGCAAGUCAAUUUAAUGUAACUUAAAGGUUAAGAAUCAAACCGCUGUUCUUAAGAAAAACAAAAAAUAAUCUACUUUAAGUGCAGAAAAAAAAUACACAUCUCCAAAAUUAAAAUCUCCUAUGAAGUUAAUUACCCAUAAGUAGAGUGGAUCUUCAUGUUCUUUAAAUUGUGAAGAAUAUAUUACUAAAAUAAAAUAAUGGAAUUAAAAUAUGAUGAAUAAAAUUGGCAGAACACAAUAAUUUUCUCCACCUAAGAAAGGUAUACUCGAAUAAUGUAUUGAGUCUUAUAUGAAAAAAUAAUAAUUCAAACGGAUAGUGACAUGA